UGCCUGACACACAGUAUACCUGCUCAAGUCUGGAAGUCAUUGAUGGUUUGUAGGACGAUAACGAACAAUCAACAGACUUGGUGAAAAAGAUAAACAAAGACAGAGAUGGUAGACAGUCAGUGGAAUGUUUGGUCCAUGAGUUCUGGGCUCAGCCCACUGGAACUGGCCGAGAUGGAUACAAGAGAAAACCCUUCUGGCAUGAUGUUCCUGUCUGCCAUGGAGCACCAGCACUACGCCCCCCUGGAGCACAGUCACAGAGAUACACAGCUUGCCAGGGACGGAGAGCACACACACUGCUACCCAUCCCAUCACAUGUUCAACCAAUACCACAGCUCACUGAAAGUGGAGCAUGAAUUACCACCAGCACCUUCUCCACAGCAGCAGCCGCAGCAGCAGCAGCAGCAGCAGGACAUGGGUCUGCAUCCACACAGACCCCAGGCUCCCUUCCUGUCCCCAGGUGACACAGACUCACCAGGGGACAUGGGCCAGGACAUAGACUGCAGAGUGUGUGGGGACAAGGCCUCUGGCUUCCACUAUGGUGUCUAUGUCUGUGAGGGCUGCAAGGGAUUCUUCCGUAGAACCACAAGGCUGAAACUACAGUAUGAACGGUGUGUCCUGCGUUGUCGGAUUCACAUUAAGAGUCGUAAUAAGUGCCAAUACUGUCGCUUUCAGAAGUGUCUCCAGGUUGGCAUGUCACACAAUGCCAUCCGUUUUGGCCGUAUGCCCCAUGUGGAGAGGGAGAAGGUGCUGACAGAGUACCUGAAGCUGGAGCCCAGCAACCCUGAGUGUGCAGAGCUGAGAGCCCUGUCCAGGCACCUGGUGAGCUCCUAUCACAAGCACUUCCCCCUGACCAAGAGGAAGGCCAGAGCCAUCCUCUCUGGGAAAGCAAACAGCAAUGCACCUUUUGUCAUCCAUGACAUGGAGUCCAUGGUGGCAGGCCAGUACUAUAUGAACUGCAGACAGCUGCUGGUGGAUCACCAGAAGCCUGAGCAGCCACCUCAUCUGACCCUGCCGGCCCAGCCCUGCUCCCAGGACGCCCAGGGAGAGCUGGAACUAUCCUUUUUUCGUAGAGUGCAGUUCUGCGUGGCCGAGGCAGUGCACAAGCUCACUGAGUUUGCCAAGAGCAUCCCAGGCUUCAGUCAGCUGGACAUGAAUGACCAGGUGACUCUGCUGAAGCACGGGGCCAUGGAAGUCAUGACUGUCAUGCUGGUGCCACUCAUGAACAAAGAUGGCACACUGUUAGCUUAUGGACAAAUCUUCCUGACUCGUGAGUUCUUCAAAAGCCUGCGCAGUCCCUUUUGCCAUAUGAUGGAGCCCAGGUUUGAGUUUGCGGUGAAGUUCAACAUGCUGGAGCUGAAUGAUAGUGACAUAGCACUUUUUCUUGCUGUCAUCCUUCUCUGUGGAGAUCGGCCAGGCCUGGUGAACGUGAAGCCCAUAGAGGACCUUCAGGACAUGGUGCUGCAGGCUCUGGAACAGCAGCUGAAGACCCUCCACCCUCACUCCCCACAGCUCUUCGCCAAGCUCCUGCAGAAGAUAGUCGAUUUGCGGCCACUGGUGGCAAACCACGUCCGCCUCAUUCACCUCCUAAAGGAGACGGAGCAGGACAUGUGUCUGCACCCUCUGCUGAGAGAGAUCAUGACGGACCUGUACUAGCACUGGGGAUUUACUGGAGACAUGCCUUUGUUGAAAUCCAAGAGGGGAUGGGUGUGGGAGAUGUUGUCUGCCUGGAACUGUAUGAUUGCAUCAUAUUAUAUUAUUGUCCGUACAAACAAUUUCUUGUGCCAUUUCUAAAUGAACAAUCACUGUUCUGACUGAUGUUCAAAGCAGCUCACUGUUGCCAUCUGGUGGAGGCUGAUACAACUCAAUGACUACCUGCCGUUUCACCAUCCGGAUGCUGUUUGUACCAAAUACAAAUGGUGCAUGACAUCAUGUUAACACAGAUUAUACUAUCUGAAAAUCACUCUGCUCAUUUGGUUAUGACACCUCUAAUUGGCUUUGGUUGGAAUUUCAUUGUCACUGUGGUGUCGGGCAGAAUUGGUUUUAUGAGAAACCAAGUGUAUAGCUGGCUAAUCCCUCUGCUGUGGUCUAGAUUUGCUGUGAUUGUGUGUGAAGCUACAGAUGUCAUCAGGGAGGAAAUUGGCUCCAGG